ACAGUCAUUUUGCGUCAAGCAAGGAGCGCAGCAGGUUUCUGAACGAAGAUUUCUCAUUCUCCACUUUGGCACACAUAAUUUAUUUUUGUGUUUUUGGUAUGUUUAUGUCCUAUUUCAGUUUUUUUUAUGUGAAAAAGAAGUCUUAGGUUGAUUUAGUUAUAUUACAAUUAUGUCGUAGGCAUAUGUAUAGUUUUAACUGACCGAAUUUGCUGAAAUUAAUGGAGUUGAAGGUCUGGGUCGAAGGUAUACAAAGGAUUGUUUGUGGGGUCACCGAAACCACUACUUGUCAGGAUGUAGUGUUUGCUUUGGCUCAUGCCACUGGCAAAGUGGGCAGAUUCACGUUGAUAGAGAGGUGGAGAAAUAAUGAACGUCUUUUAGCUCCUCAAGAGUAUCCUCUGAAGAUUUUAAUGAAAUGGGGGGAAUAUUCUAACGAUAUACAGUUCAUAUUGAGGAGAUCAGACUCUGCGAACAAUCAAAAGCCACAACAGGUGACAAAUAACUCAAGAUCACCAGUGGCAAAUAGUAGUGGCCACAGUGCUUCAAAUCCGAACAUAUUAGAAAGUCAGAACUCCCCAAAUGGGUUGAAUACCACCCCAACAUAUAACAAUAUCAAUACAUCCCCCGGGAACCCAGUGGGCGUGGUUAAAGGAGUCCAGCAGACUAAAUCUGUGGACCCUGAUAAUGCUGUGAUCAAAAAUGUUCCUCCUUAUAGAGAGCCGCCUCCGCCUUACCGCUCGCCCCCACCUCCGUCGCAACCUCACGGGAAGUCUCCUAAUCGCAUGCAACCCGGUCGCCCAGCACACAUGUCUCCCGUCAACCUGCCGGAUGACGACGCGAGGAAUCCGGAGGCCGUCAGUUACAAUAGCCAGUAUAGGGAACUUGUGUCGCUGGUCAACUAUCAGCGAGAGAAGUUGUCCAGUCAGCAAGUGGAUCUCAUCAAGUACGACGCUGAAAUCGGUUACUGGGAGAACAAGGGUCGUGAGCAAGAGCGUCAGGUGGAACUUCUCCAGCAGCAGAUCAGCUCGACGGAUAACCAGCUCAGGAUUAGCACUGAACAGGUUCAAGCCCUAACAUACAUAGAAGAAGAAAGUGAACUAGUGAAACAGAACGAAAAAACCAUAAAAUCUGAGAUAGUCCUGGUGCGAUCUAAGCUGGCUAACUGCGAAACGGAGCUGUUGCAGUGCAAGAAUAAGAUCAGGAAGCUGAUGGAGGAGAUUCAUAAUGAGCAGCGGGUCAUCAACUCCCGCCAACAGGAGAACCGACAAGCGCUAGAGAGAUCAAUGCUUGCGGAGAUGGAGAAUUUGCAAAGUCAAAUCCAACAAGCGAAGCAUGCCACCGAGAUCAAUCAUCUUACCGCUGAAAACCUCAAACGAGAGGUGGGAGUGUUAGAAGAUGCCAUAAUGGAGAAGAAGCGGCAAGUGGAGCGGCUAGUGCAGGAGAUGAAAGAAGCGAAUUUGCAGAGCUUGACGGGCAGCGUGGACGAACUGAGGCAUCCUUUAGACGGUCUGUGCAAAACCGGAAGCGCGCGGAGAAUUAUAGGUUCACCGCGACAGCUUGAAAACGCGGCACCCACGAACAAAAAUCCUCAUGGCGUCUGGGUAUAAUGUGCGUCGGUUAUUUACCUUUUUACCUGAUCUACGAGGUUUUAAACGAAUUGUAAAUGCAUAUGUUGCUCCCUCUCUUUCUAAAGUAAAUCGAAGAGAUAGGAAAGUGAAAGUACGACACAUGCCUUGCCAAUGUUCGUGAACAGACGUCAUCGUGAUUUUUGAUGGUGUGUGUAAGUGAGCACCAUAAGACUCGUGGCGUUCGUCUAGCUUGCUUGGUCAUAAGUGAGUUAUUUAGAGUAGUAUUAUAUUAUUCGACCAAGCUAAAUAGGCGCAAUCUAUGCAUCUUAUUGUCUCGAUAGAAGUAGGCUGCCAUUUCAUAGAAUAGUAAAAUGUAACUUAGUUAUUGAAAAAUCUUUAUUUUAUUACCAAGUAUAUUGUACCUAUAAAACGAAUAUUAUUUUAGUAUAUUUAGGCUUUGUGUUCAAAUUAGUGUCAUAUUAUUUGUUUUUGUCACAAAUUAUCUUCGUUUUUAAGUUUAAUUGGGAUAAGAAUAUUGGAAGAUAUUUCUUAUCUGACGCUGAUCAAGUAUUAUCUUGUCUUGCCGUAUUUUAUUGUUUAAGGUGUGUUUUGUGUGCUAUAUUCAAUAUAAAGGAAUUGGUUCAGUACGCGCGAAAUAAGUUGCCGGCUCUGAAGUUCGCGUGGAAGACUGCACAGUAAACGAAUAUACAGGGUGACAUUUAAAACAACUGCAUCCUUUUAAACAUAGACUGUACCCAUGCUUCUGAGCCUUUUUUUAUUUAAAUUAAACGUCAUCAUUUUCACAUUUAAAAAAACCCUCAAAAACUACGUCACACAUUUUGUUAAAGACCAAUACUACAAAAAGAAAUUAAAACUUAACAUGUAAAUAAAUGUCUGAAAAAUAAAUUAUUUUUCUAGUAUCAAGAUGUCAAGAUUCACAGUGCGAAAUGGUUACUAACCGUUUACGCUAUCUACUGAACUCCGCAUGGCCAUAGCGCAUUGCGACAUUCAACCUAAAUUCCAUUACAUUGAGAUUAAAAUCCUAUCAAAUUGCACGAUGGAUUUUUUUUUUUUCGUACUUUCGGAAAUAUGAACCGAUAUUUUUCUUUUAACGUUUUUAAAUAUCCUUUAGAUGAGUACACUUAACAGUUAAAUUUAUGCAGUUGAAUUAAAAGUCACCCUGUAGACGUAACUUACGUCUCACUUUACCAGGAAUGGACACAUAUGCGUUUUAUUAAUUUAUCACUUUUGUGCGUUAAUCUACUCUGCGCGGAAUGUCACAUGCAGCUCACUUCCAAGCCGCCAAAUUAAUUCCGCGUUUUGUAAAUCCUUGUCCCACCCUACAAUAUAUUGUGUGAGUAGUUUAAUAUUUGUGCUAUAAGACAUAAAUUAUUGAAAAUUAUUAAAAUAUAAAAAGACCUACCAAAAGGGUGUCUACCCUAUCUCAAGGGUGAAAUUUAUUCCUUUAAAAUUUAUUUGCAAAAGCCCCUUCAAUAACUUUAUCACUUUUAGUCUAACAAUCUACAAAUGUUUUUUUAUCUCUGGUUGCAAUAUAUGAAGGUAGCAAGAUUUGUGAGUUGUGGGUUUUACCAGAUUGAACUUGAGUUCAGAUAAUGAUCUUAUUAUGUAUAGUUUAGCGAAAUAUUUAGACAAAAUGGUACUAUUACUUAUUUUAUGGGAUUCAUAUUAAGUAGUUAAAGUUUACUGCGUUCAAUUUGCAAUAUAGAGAAUAAUUAUAUUGAUAAUAAUAAUCUAGUCGAAAGUUUAAGCCAUUGCAAUAUUUUUAACAGUAAUCUUCGUUUUUUUAAAUACAAGAAACAUUGCAUUUAUCUCGUAUUAUCCAGAAUUAGAUCAAGCAUAAUAAAAUGUAAUAUUUAAAUUGAGACUUGAAUAUAUUUAUAAAAGCUAAGGAUAGAAUUAUUCUGCAUGGUUACUAAUAGUAGUUAGAAUUGUGUA